GAGGGAGCCAUCGGUAUGAUAUGCAACAAAAACGGAGAUUGUAGAAGGGACCCGGCCAGUUCAGGGACCUCCUCUCUCAUCUCAAGGCAGGAGAAGCAGGCAGAUGGAGUAGUAGCUGCUGAAAACGGAAAGGGGCAGGCUGCGAGCAUGGACGGCUCUAUCACUUCAGCGGGGUCCCUGACACAGGGGCCGGGCACCGAGGUCAAGACCGCGGCAGCAAUGGAGAAAAAAGACUCCAGAGUGUCCUUCUCCAACGCCCCAGCUGGUAAAGGACAGACUCCGAGUCAGCAGUCGAGAAAUUCUGUCACAUUUACCAAAGCUGAGGAUGGCUCUCAGAUAAUGCCGGAUGAUGAAGACUACAGAGGGAAUCAGACAUACAUGCAGCGGCAGUUUAGUUCCAUGCUUCAGCCCGGAGUUAACAAAUUCUCCCUGCGCAUGUUUGGCAGCCAGAAGGCAGUGGAGAAAGAACAAGAGCGCGUAAAGUCAGCGGGUAAUUGGAUUAUCCACCCAUACAGCGACUUCAGGUUCUACUGGGACUUCACCAUGCUGAUGUUCAUGGUGGGCAACCUGAUCAUCAUCCCCGUGGGCAUCACCUUCUUCAAGGACGAGACCACCAUUCCCUGGAUCAUCUUCAACGUGGUUUCUGACACCUUCUUCCUCAUGGACCUGGUGCUGAACUUCCGGACCGGCAUCGUGUUCGAGGACAACACCGAGAUCAUCCUCGAUCCCAAGAAGAUUAAGGAGAAGUACCUGAAGAGCUGGUUCGUGGUGGACUUCGUCUCUUCCAUACCUGUGGAUUAUAUCUUCCUCAUCGUGGAGAGAGGGAUGGACUCAGAGGUGUACAAAACGGCCCGGGCGCUCCGUAUUGUCCGCUUCACCAAGAUCCUCAGUCUGCUGCGUCUGCUGAGGCUGUCCAGACUCAUCCGUUACAUCCACCAAUGGGAGGAGAUCUUCCACAUGACCUAUGACCUGGCCAGUGCUGUGAUGCGAAUAUUCAACCUGAUUGGUAUGAUGCUGCUGCUGUGUCACUGGGAUGGCUGUCUCCAGUUCCUUGUUCCCAUGCUGCAGGACUUUCCGUCUGACUGCUGGGUCUCCCUCAACAAGAUGGUGAACGACACAUGGACCGAGCUCUACUCCUUCGCCCUCUUUAAGGCCAUGAGCCACAUGCUGUGCAUUGGCUAUGGUAGACAAGCCCCAGAGAGCAUGUCGGACAUCUGGCUGACCAUGCUCAGUAUGAUCGUCGGAGCCACCUGUUACGCCAUGUUCAUCGGCCACGCAACCGCACUCAUCCAGUCUCUGGACUCGUCCAGACGGCAAUACCAAGAAAAGUAUAAACAAGUGGAGCAGUACAUGUCGUUCCACAAACUACCGGCCGACUUCCGACAGAAAAUCCAUGACUACUACGAGCACAGAUACCAGGGCAAGAUGUUUGACGAAGAGAGCAUCCUGGAGGAGCUUAAUGAGCCUCUGCGCGAGGAAAUCGUCAACUUCAACUGCCGUAAGCUGGUGGCCUCCAUGCCGCUGUUCGCCAACGCUGAUCCCAACUUUGUGACAGCCAUGCUGACCAAACUGAGGUUUGAAGUCUUCCAGCCUGUAGACUACAUCAUCAGAGAGGGAACCAUCGGCAAGAAGAUGUACUUCAUCCAGCACGGGGUGGUCAGCGUCCUGACCAAAGGAAGCAUCGGCAUGAAGCUGAUGGACGGCUCCUAUUUUGGAGAGAUCUGCCUACUGACCCGUGGCAGACGGACGGCCAGUGUGCGAUCAGACACCUACUGUCGCCUGUACUCUCUCUCUGUGGACAACUUUAAUGAGGUGCUGGAGGAGUAUCCCAUGAUGAGGAGGGCCUUUGAGACGGUAGCCAUCGACAGAUUGGACAGGAUAGGCAAGAAGAACUCAGUCCUGAUGCACAAAGUUCAGCAUGAUCUGAACUCGGGUGUUUUCAACAACCGGGAGAACGAGAUGAUCCAGGAGAUAGUUAAAUAUGAUCGGGAAAUGGUUCAACAGGUCAAUGUACCACGUUCGCGGGCCAUGUCCAUGACACCUCCUCUAUACAGUGACGGAGUCUUUAAUCCUCCAGGUUCCUCCACCCAUCCCCAGAAUUCCGCAAUUGCCACUCUGCAGCAGGCAGUAGCCAUGAACUUUUGUGCCCCCAUGCAAGGGAACUUGUUGGGAGUAGGGAACCUGCAGUCUCCCAAGAUGGUAAGGAGAUUCCAGGUGAUGGAAAGUGUGCCCAGCCCUGUUUCAGCUUCUCCACUGCAGUCUCAGUUCAUUGCUUCUGGUGCCUUUGCUCCCAUCCAGUCCAGCCCCCCAGUCCAGAGCCCGCUGACACUUGGAGGACGAUCAUUCCAGUAUGGAUCCAGUGCCCUGGCUGGUCCCACCUCAGGCUCCCAGCUUUCUCUAGCCCAGCAGCACAUAGCCAGCCCCGCACACCGGCCCGGCACAUAUAAGAGUACUCAUUCCUUGCAAUUGGGUAGUUUGAGCCAAGACGCCAGGGCACUGUCAGCCUCUCAGCCCUCACUGCCUCAUGAGGGGGGGCAAACAAGUGCCCCUAGUCCCCCCCAGUCUACAAGAGUCUCCUCUACUUCCAUUGGACCCCCUCAGACCCCAUCAGGUCACACAGGCAUCCGGAGCGCUAUACCACCUAAGGUGGUACUGCCCCACCAGAUGUCUGUGGGGGCCUUCCCUGUAGCAUCCCUGCCUGGUUCUGUGCAGAGUUUUGGGGCUGGUGCAGGGAUGGCAGUUGGGGGUGCAGGAACAGGUCUGGGGGACUCGGGACGACCCAAGAAGGACUCUAUAGUGAGCCUUCCUGAAACAGACCACAUCAGAGUCAGAUCCAGGCUAUCAUCAAACUUGUGAUCUUAAUUUAACUCUUCUGGGGGAGUGACUCAAUGAGAGACUUGACUGCAGGAACACUGGGGAUUUCAGCUUAUCUUCGACAGGUCCUUUUCUCUCUCUAUUUUAGUUUGACUAUCCGAAUGUAUGAGUGUUGAUUGGCAGCAGGGAGAAUCUGAGAGAAGACUGUUCGAACAUAAAUUCUGUAUGGUGGUUUUUGAAUCUGCAGCAUUGAGAAGUUUCUACUCGCAGACAUAGUAGUUGCACAGUAGUG